AUGUCCGCCGACGAUAAGCAAUACAUCUCGUAUAACAACGUCCAUCAAUUAUGUCAAGUGUCCGCUGAGAGAAUCAAGAAUUUCAAGCCUGAUUUAAUUAUAGCAAUUGGUGGUGGAGGGUUCAUCCCAGCUAGAAUCUUGCGUACCUUUUUAAAGGAACCAGGUGUUCCAACCAUUAGAAUUUUUGCUAUCAUCCUUUCUCUUUAUGAAGAUAUAAAUACUGUUGGUUCUGAAAAGGAAGAAGUCGGUGUCACCGUCAAGAGAACACAAUGGAUUGACUAUGAACAAUGUAAAUUGGAUUUAGUUGGUAAGAACGUGUUAAUUGUUGAUGAAGUCGAUGAUACACGUACUACACUUCACUAUGCAUUAAGUGAAUUGGAAAAGGAUGCUGCUGAACAAGCUAAAGCCAAGGGUAUUGAUUUAGUAAAGAACCCAGAAAUGGAAACCAAGUUCGGUAUCUUUGUUCUACAUGACAAAUUAAAGCCAAAGAAGGCCGAUUUACCAGCUGAAAUUGUCAAUGAUAAGAACCGUUAUUUUGCUGCGAAGACAGUACCCGACAAAUGGUAUGCUUACCCAUGGGAAUCUACGGAUAUUGUAUACCAUACCAAGAUGGCCAUUGAACAAGGCAACGAUAUCUUUACUGAAUAA